AUGUCGGACGUGCUGGCCGUCGCUGCCGGCUCCCGGUUCGAGCCCCCGACUGCCGGGGCGCCGGGCGGCUUCGGCGGCGCCGAACUCUCCUCGGAAAAUGAAGCCGCAGCCCAGAGGACGGAGCCCGAAGAGCAACGGGGUGAUGGCUCGGAGCGCAGCGCCUCGCCGUGCGGGUUGCAGAUAGGGUCAUCUGUGAGUGCAGACGUGAUAGAAGAUUCAAAGGAAGACAGUUGCACUUUGGAGGACCAGAAAGUGGCUGAAGCAGAAGAGAAGCUGCCUGACCAAAUCCAGUCCACUAAAGAGGAAGCUCUUGUUCGAAUGACCAAGUACCACAUACAUCAAGGAGCAGGGGAUAUAGUCAUGAUUCAGUCAGAUCACACUGGUGCUGUGGAUAUCCUUUCAGCUGAGCUGGAAACUGCAGACCUCCUUGGAGAGCAGAGAAAAGCUCAGCCUCCCCCUCUGGCUCCACCUACUACAUGGACCACAGGGAAGGUGAAGGAAUUCAAAGCCAAGAUGGAAAAAGAGAAGAGUGCUAGGAUGGUGGUGAAACGAGGCGAAGUGGUGACAGUCCGUGUGCCAACCCAUCCUGAUGGGAAACGUGUCUGCUGGGAGUUUGCGACAGAUGAUUAUGACAUUGGAUUUGGAGUCUAUUUUGACUGGACCACUGUUACUAGCACUGCCAUUACUGUUCAGGUCAGCGAAUCCAGUGAUGAGGAGGAUGAAGAGGAGGAAGAGGAAAUUGAAGGACUUGCCCCUGUUGGUGAUGUGGAAAGGGGCUCCAAAAGCUCUCUGCGGAACCGCUAUGGAGAAAUCAUGCCUGUGUAUCGAAGGGACAGCCAUCGGGAGGUGCAGGCAGGCAGCCAUGACUACCCGGGCGAGGGCAUCUACCUGCUGAAAUUUGAUAACUCGUACUCUCUCCUCCGCAAUAAGACUCUGUUCUUUCAUGUCUUUUACACUAGCUGAAGGGGUGGGAAGGGGCAGGGAUGGCAGACAGGAGGUGGUGAGCAUAGCAGGCUGCCACCCAGCCCUGAUACUCCAUGAUGAGCACUUCUGUGUGACAGAGCAAAGGCACAACUCUGCUAGCGACUCUUCAGACACAACUUGGUUUCUCCCCACGCCCUCCUUUCCAGCUAUCCUGGUGGAGAAGAGUGGUUGUGACUGGUUGUUCACAGGCAGCUGUUAUUUGUAUGAAACUUUGGGAGUCCUGCUCUCUGUAGGUAUAGUGUUGGGCCUUCAUCAUAGCCAGUAAAUGCCCAGAGGCCAGGUGCAGCUGGUCUUGGUUUCUUUCCGUUGCAGUGGUACAAAAUGAAGUCAAAGUGUUCUUCAUCUGUUGCUGUUCUGUAAAUCUUCAGGCUCUUCUGCUGUAUCUGGAUCACUAGAGGGCAGCUAUCAGCUGCAGAGAGGCAAAAACAUGUCUGGCUUGUCACCAAACCACUGAUAAACUUAUCACUUACUGCCACUAUGUGUCACCAGCUGCCAGCACUUCCUUUGUUCCUAUAUGUGGGGAUGCAGCGUGGCCAUGCUACAAUAGCCAGCUCCAACCUAUGGUACCCAUGUGUUAGAGCAAAGUGUGUGGGGCUGGGGAGGGGAGUGCACAAAUAGAAGUUCAUAGGAAGAUUUUCCUGUGGAUCAAGAAUUAGAUAUUGCAUCUGUAGAUUAUAGAGAUAUAAAAAUUAUGAUUAAAUCUCCAGUGACCACAAAGUUUUUUUGCUUUUUUUUUUUUCCUGUAAUCCAGAUGUAAAAACAGAAGAAAUGGUUUACUGCUGUAUUGAAUAAAUAUGAAAAGGUCGGGAUACGACCAAGAAAUAUAUAAGAAGUGUUUCUUUGUAGCAGCAUGUUGAUUCACUGGCAUUGCUGCCAGCUGAAUAAUAGCAUAUAUAGGAAGGAAGAUGCUCCCCAGGGAAGCAUAGUUUCUCAGCUGCUAUUGCUGUUACAGAGGUGUUGUUGCAAAAGAGCAGAAACUCAAAAGGGGUGGGAUUUUCCCAGUCCUUUCUGUAAACCAGAAUGAGCAAGUCCAGUGCUAGCCCUGAUCAUGUGGUGAAGGAUAGAGUUCCUUGACAUGUUUUAGUGGCUAUGAUAGCACUUCCUGCUUGAGUAUUGGCAGAGUUGAACAAGGAUUAUGUUAAUCCUUCAGAGAUGAGUUUUAAAUCACAUUUAUCAGCAACUGUUGUUUAUUUUAAUACUUAAAAUCAUGCUCUUUUUAAGAAUAGUAAUGUGUUUACGCUUUGUUACCUCUUUGCAGACACAGAAUGGCUUUUUGCAUGGUGAUGCUAGUAGAAUUCUGAGUUUUAAUUUUUAAAUCCUCCAGGUAAGGCACCUCUAUUUGGUCCAUUCCCUUUAUUGAGGGGGAUUGAUGAAGAAAAUGAUUUUGGGGUAGUUAAGACCAAAGAUUUCACUGUACUAGGAAGGCUGUAUAUUUCCUCUUAUGGCUAUAUUGUAAUGCUGUGGAACUUUCUUUAUGUUCAAGCUCUUCUUCUAGCUGUGAUUACUUAUUCGCUGCCCCAGAGCACUUAAUAGGUCAAAAAGAUGUGUGUGAGAGAGAGAUGUUUAUAAUGGAGCAGCCCAAGCUUGGAGCAGGAAGAAGGAAAACCAGAAAACUGGUUGCUCCAUGGGUGAGCAGACAGGAACCAGAGCUGGCCAGGGUAAGGAGCAAGCUGGUGCUAUUCUGGGCCUUGAGUUGGAAGCCUUUCUCAAAGGAGAGAGAGGACCUGGCCACAGGAGAACUGCAAAGCUGUCCCUCAAGCAGAGGGAAAGGGCAGCCUUAGGGGGAGGUAGAACAGUAAGACUUGGUAUCUGUCAUAGUAAAGUGAUUUUUAGUUUAGCAUCUUGGGGAAUGUUGUUUCUUCCUUUUUCCCCCUCCUGGGGAGAUGCAGAACCAUCUUGUGGUGUAUGUACAGCGUUUGAAUCAGGCCUGAGCCACUUGCAUAGGGCUUCCCCCACUCCCUCCCCCUUUUUUUUUUUUUUUUUUUUUUUUUUUUAACCCUUUGCCCUUGAAGUUCUUUGACAAUAAGAAGGUAACCUUUAAUUGACCAAAAAUGUCAGUGCUGCCCAAUGCAAUUACUGCCUUUGGUCCUUUCUGAUGUAACCUGCAGGGCCCUACGUGCACUUGUUGGCUAAUGUAUGAGACACUGUGGCACCUGAUCCAAUUUCUAAUUAGGAUUUAUUUAUGAUAAAGGGAAUUUUGACCUAUGCACAGCAAUUGUAGAAAAUUUAUCCUGAUCCUCAGUUUCACAGCGUUCUGUGGGAUACUGUUAUUGCCACUAUAUAAAUGUUUCUCCUAUAAUGUGGCCUUCCUAUUGCUAAUUCACAGCCACUUCCCCUCUCAUUGUCUGUAUUUUGAUCAUAUCCUCAUUCAAAAUACAUAUUUUAAUCUUGUAAGAUGAGAAAAGGACCUGCCUGACUACCAGUUCUGGUCGCUUACUGAAGCAAAUAGUAUGUGCAAGGUAUCAAGGUAACUUGUUAGUGGUUUUAGUGAAGACAGAGUGUCUUGUAGGUGAUGAUCCUAUUGCUCAGUUCUAGCUUUCUGAAAUGUGGACCAACCUUUUAAUAAGGCUCAGGUCAUUUGUUUGGAACUGUCCCCAUCUCUUAGUCUCAUUGACUUCAGCUUAACAGAAGCAUUGAAUCAGGCAUGUUAUCCCAAUCUGUAUGUGCCUGUCCUGCAAAAACAUUACGCCCUUAAACAGACUUGGAACUAAAAGUAUCUAGUAUCACACAUCUAGUAGUGUGUAUUAUUUCACUGCUUAUGCUUUCCAGAAGCAUGUGGUAUCUCUUAUGAACACAAAACAGUUUUUGGUAUAGAAUGUUUCAUAUGCAGGAAACAGAAGCUUUACAGUUGCACAGGAUAAUUACCCUUGGUGUAUUCUUUAACUUUUACAUCACUUAAGUGUUUCUCAGGUCUUAAAGUAUCAUUCAUUAUCUAAGUGACGACUCCUUUUAGGAAGGAUCUGUAGUCUUUAUUCGUUCUCUGGUAAAUCUCCUAGCUUGGAUGCAAGGCUAGUGAUCAACAGUGGCCACUUGCAUUCGGAAUUGAACUCAUAGUUGUUCAAAGAAGUAAUCUCCUUAUUUCUUGUGUCCUUUUUUCUGUUAUCUGUGUAUCCUGGACUUGUAUCUGAUCCCGCUGUCUGCUGAAGCAGUGAUGGAAGCCAUUUUUGCUCUAAUUGCGAACUUGUGGAGCUAAAUGUUGGGUUUAGAAAGAAAAAUGAAUUUAGAAGGCAUUUUCACUUCAUUGAUUCACAACUUGAUUAAGGAAUAAGCUGCUUCUACAUUUUGUGAAGUUGUUUUGGUUUUUUUUUUUUUUUUUUGCUUUUGUAAAAGCACAGAAUUGUUUUCCAGUUUGUUUUGAAUAUGACUUAGAGACAUAAAACAAUCCUGUGGCGUAGGAUUUGCAUAAAAAUUGGGUUGUAUAAUUGUCCAUAAUAAUAGUAACAAUCCAUCUGUUGGGUAUUUUUUAAUGUCAAAGCAGGUAAUAAGCUAUCCAUUGUUUUAUCUUACUCUUCUCCCUUAGCACUAGUGUAGCAGCAGGAGUUGAAAGUGUACGUGUUUCACUGAGGACUGAGAGUUAAAAUUGCUUAAGUCAGGCACCCCUUGUACUGUUUUAAUUUGCUAACCAACUCUGGAGGCCCACAUUAAAGGUAUUGGUGUCAGAUAUAGGCUAUUCCCAAAGUAAUAUUUGGGACUCAUUUAGUAGUUAUCUACAUUAAUACUACCACUAAGCCACUUACAUGAACAGUAAGAUGAAAGUGUGUGCUUAAGGAGAGAAGGAGCUUAACUAACUGAUUUGAGGUACUAAGACAAAAUUUGAGUUACUAUGCAACAGUCUGAAAGGUUGCCAGAUUCCUUUCUUUUUGUUCCUAUCCUGUGAACUGUCUCCUUGUAGUUGUGUGCAUAUAGUCGUGUAUUGCCUGCAGUGGGGCCAGUUGUGCUGCUGGACUUGAUAGGGUAGACUGGAGGUGACCCUUGUCACGUGUCUAAUUGCUGAAAGAGGUACUUGUUCUUGUGAGCUGGAAACUGGGGGUAGAGAAUUAAUCUCUAAAUGAGUUCACUUUGUCCCCACUGCUUGUACCCUUCCUUCUUGUCUCACUACUUGCUAGUAUGCUUUGCAGAGGAUUUAUCACAAGGUGCCUUAGGAGCAAGGAGCAUGUCUGAAGUAUGAGCCACAGAUGUCAUUAAUCCAGGGGUUUUCUUCUUGUUUCUCUGCCUAUUUGAGUAGGGUUGAGGCACUAAGAUCAUGUAAUAAGAGAGUCCUGGUUGGCUGUCCUAGGGAUUUAAGUUGUUCAUUAGUCUGCCUUGUUGCUGUAAGAUGAGUAGUAAAAUUGUUAGUUUCCUGGCACACUAACUAAAGUUUUAGAGUGAACAUCAAAUGUUGGAGUUCAAACACAUCUUGCUAGGCCAAGAAUUUCCUGUGCAAUUAUUCCGCAUUUGCCUCCAAAGAGUCUCUGGCAUUUUAUUCUGAAACACUCGUGCUAAUGCAGCUGAAGACAGAACAUCAGGCUGAAUGGAUGGAUCUGUGGUUUGACAGUAAGGAUUAUCUGGUUUAAGCCCAUCUGGACUGGUGAGUGAAGUCUCUUAGGCAUGAAGCUGAAUGCUAACCAUUAGAGCUAAAGAGGCUUUACUUGACUUUUAAGUUUAGAAGCUGUUCUUGGAAACUAAAUAGUUGGAGACGAUCUCCCUGUAACUUCCUGAAUGCCUGAGUGACUAACUGCUCUCCUCAGAGUGGAGCAAUCUGCUCUCAAGUCCCUGCUCCAAUCUGCUAGCAUAGUCUUUCAGUGGAGAGUAUCUUGUAGGUGGUCAUAUCUUUUUUUUCCAGACAUAUAUUCUUGUAAACUGUGACAGCUGUCUCUAAGUCUUUAUUUAUGUGACAUGAAUAUAUUUGUUGUCCCAGAACGUUGAAAUUCAUUUGUCUGUACCAACCCAUUGCUUUUCAUCUCCUCUGAAGAAAUUAGUUUUAAAGGGAGGUUACUUCAACAAGAUGUGGCACCAAAUCUCUUGCUGAAGAGCACAUGUGAAUAUUUAUAGUGUGUUUGCUUUCCUUCUAGGCUUGGUUUGUAUUGUUUAUAUUCAAUGUGUUGUGGCUGAUUUGUAAUAUUAUAUUGAAAGUUAUUCCCUUUAAAUAAACUUUUCACUAUGCAAUCACAA